UCCCGCUGACCCUUGCCCGGAAGCAGGAGCUCGGGCCUCGGCGAGGGUCUGACGGAGAUGCGGAGGCGGUCCCACAGGCUCCUGCAUCCUAGCGUCCCGGGCCUUGUUGCGCGAUAACAAUAAUGGCAGAGGUGGAGGAGACACUGAAGCGACUUCAGAGCCAGAAGGGAGUACAGGGCAUCAUCGUGGUGAACACAGAAGGCAUUCCCAUCAAGAGCACCAUGGACAAUCCCACCACCACACAGUAUGCCAACCUCAUGCACAACUUCAUCUUGAAGGCCCGGAGCACCGUGCGUGAAAUUGACCCCCAAAAUGACCUCACCUUCCUUCGAAUUCGCUCCAAGAAAAAUGAAAUUAUGGUUGCACCAGAUAAAGACUAUUUCCUGAUUGUGAUUCAGAAUCCAACUGAAUAAGCCACUCUCUUGGCUUCCUGCGUCAUUCCUUAAUUUAAUAGUCCCCAAGAAUAAUAAUGUUAAUCAUGUCAACCGACUGGCAGGUGGAAAUCACCUUAGGGCCUCCUUAGAGGAUGCUCCAGUGACCAGUCAUCAAAGUCAUCCCUCUGCUGGCCAGUCACCCUUGAAUUCUUGGGAGGGCCUUCUUUCCUCUCGUCCAGAUUUUGGAGCAAGAGCUUUGAGCAGCCCACACCCUGCUUCCUUCUGACCUUCGGUUCACUUUAUCACCCUUGGAAAAGGCUGUUUUUGUUUAACUAAAAAUAACUGAAAUGCUUA